CUCUUCUGCUCUUUGCAUUUGCUAAUUGCACGGUUUGAUAUUUUGGAAACUUACUGCUGUCCAGCUGCUCCUGCAGCGUUUGCCUGCCGUGCACAUCGACCUUCAGAUGCGGCCGAUUUGCACAGCUCACCAGGUAAGAACUUCAGGUCUGAUUGCAGUGCAACGCAGGACCCGGGACUGAGGCUGCGCCCACUGCUGACCCUGUGACGGCGGCUGCUGCCCCUCGCCAGGACCAUGGCUUCCAUCUCAGAGCGCACCUUCAUCGCCAUCAAGCCCGACGGCGUGCAGCGGGGGCUGGUGGGAGAAAUCAUCCGGCGCUUCGAGCAGAAGGGCUUCAAGCUGGUGGCCAUGAAGCUGACACACGCCUCUGAGGACCUUCUGAGGGAGCACUACAUCGACCUCAAGGACCGCCCGUUCUAUGCCGGCCUGGUGCAGUACAUGCACUCCGGGCCCAUUGUAGCUAUGGUGUGGGAGGGUCUUAAUGUGAUUAAGACUGGAAGAGUGAUGCUGGGGGAAACUAAUCCCAUGGAUUCCAAGCCUGGCACUAUUCGCGGCGACCUCUGUGUGCAAGUUGGAAGGAACAUCAUCCAUGGGAGCGAUUCUUUAGAAAGCGCUGAGGCAGAGAUCAAUCUGUGGUUCAGUCCUGAAGAACUGGUUGACUACAGGAGCUGUGCUCACGAAUGGAUCUACGAGUAGAACUGAGGCUCUGCCUUUGGUAUCGUGGCUGCCCUCUAGUUAGCUCCAGUCCUUCACAUCACCUCCUGCAAACCUGCUUCAGAAACCUGUGAUGUGCACCGCUGUGAACACUGAUCAGUGGUUGCUGUUCCUUUGGUUAGAAAGCUCCCAAACUGUAGAUAGGAAUGUGCUUUUAAAAGCGUUCCAGAUGUUUACAUGGGUAGUAGAGGUGAAAUUAAAUGGCAGAGAAGCAAAACGCUCCUCGUUAAUAAUACAGAACACGAAACAUAAUACAGAAUACAAAAUGCUGUGCAGUCAGAGGGCGCUGCGGGGAGGCACAGAGGAGCGUGCGGCCGUGGUGGCGUGGAGGGCACAUUGUGUGUUUGCAGUGCUGGGACUGCUGGGGCUGUCAGUACACCACUGUGUGCUCAGGUGCUGAGGACUGCAUGCAGUAUCAAAUCAAGCGAAUGCUCAGACCCAAAACAGCUGCAGGAAAGGAAACCUUUAUUUCUUUUCCCAAAACGUGCUGUGCCCGCACGCAGAGCACCAUGAAAUAACUUGUCUCCAGAUGGAUGUGCUUUCAAUUCUUUUUUUUCUGCACAGGGUUUAUGUAGCGUUUUAAGGAAGGAUUAUAGGUCAGGCUUUUUUGGAACGCCCUUUUUAUGUGAAAGGAGAUUUAAUGUGAGAGCAGAUGAGUGUGAUCCACUUUCAGCCACAAAGCGCACAGGGGAAAAUGGAAUGGAGUCUGCUUUGCUGCCCCAACUGCUAACAGCUGUGGUGGCUGCACAGCCUGGUUUGGGAUGAGGUAUUUCAGCAGUGGCUCCAGAAUUGUUUGUCAUUUCAUCACAUAAAGAAAUCCGCUCACAAUAAUGCUGAACAUCUUCCAGUAGGGGCGGCUCUCCCCCUGGGGAGCAUCAGCCAACAGCCCUUCACUGACCGCACGGGACCUCGGAACAAGAAGUACCAAUGUCGUUUAUCAGCUCAUUUAUCGAUAAAUCAGUUUGUUGCAGGAUCUGUGUGGCAGUAGCUGUUGGCACUCCGCAGUGCCCAAUUAUUUGAAAUGCUGAACCUCAGUGUAUACUGAAAUCAUCUCUGUGGUUAUGGAGGCGCUGAGCCCCGCAGAGGAGAUGCUCCAGAGUGAAUAGUUGCCGUUUCUUAAGUGAAAUAAAGGGUUAUUUUCAUCACACUGCCUUAGGGCUAAUUAAUUAAUUAAUGAGUCUAAUGAGUGGGAGCAAAUCAGCUGCCAGAGCGCGGGUGGGGCUGUCAGCCCCUCGUGCCGAUACGCGGUGCUGUGCGAUGGAGCGCCGGAACGGAGAACAAAAGCAGCGCGGGCGGGGGGGGCGUCAGCGCUGCCGG